AUGGGGUGCAGGUGUUGUAAGAUGAUUCACAGCUAUCUCUUUGAUCCAGUUCAAGUGCCCUCUCCUGGUUUUGUCAACGAGGUAAACAACUGCAAGUUGGAUGAGGAUGACACUGUCAGACUAAAAGGCACCCAAAACAGUGAGGCUGAAGUGCCCAGGAAUGCCCUGCAUGGUGAGAGCCUGACCAAUACAGAGAACAGAGAUGGUACAGCUGGUCUACCUCACCAAGGAUCACUCCCUCAGGAGGACUCAGAAGAGAGACACUGUGUGGAGAAGCAUGGUAUUGUCAAUGGUAUCAGCCCCACUGCCACUCUGCAUUUGGUCAGGAGUCCCAGACCCCACCAGGUUGACAGUGUCUCCUGGGCCAGCAGCCCCUGGGAAGGCACCAUAGACAGCACACACCCAGCUCAGCCCUUCCUUGAAGAAGAGGACUGCAGGAAGCAAAGCUGCAUGGUUCCCACUUCAGAGGAGACCCAGAUGGUAGCCCAUGGAGACUUCAAAGCCCCUGCUGAGGUCUUGGCAGCGGCGGACCAUGUCCUACACAUACCAGCCCCAGAUUACCCCCAGCUCUGGAACCCCACAGUAGACAACGCAGACCCUGCGGAAAAGGAUUAUCUUUUUGAGAACCACCCUGAGGUGGAGUCCCUGCCCGGAAUUCACCCCCGCAUGAGUGAGCAGGGUUUGAGCCUGCCCUUCUCCCUCAAGAGAAGCUGGGACUCACUGAAUGAGGCAGUGACAACAGAAGUUCUGAAUGUCUACUUCAAAGAGGAGGGUCCCACUCACCCUACAUCGGUGGUUGAUUCUAGAAAUGAGCAGGAAGUCCCCCACCCCUACAAUGGGGACAGGGAUGGAGUUGUAGAUGAGGAUGCUGAGGUGGCCGAAGCCCUUGCAGCAUUAGAAGCUGCUACUGCAGGAGAAGAUGCAGAUGAGGCAGAUUAG